UCCAUCCAGAUCCAGCCCUGCAAAUGCAAUUCGAGGCAUUUGACAGACGGCAGUUGAUAACAGCGGCAGCGCGCAAGAAUGGCGGGGCUGUAUGAGAAACCGUCGGAGACGUACGCCAAGAAGCGGCCGCGGUACCCCAAGGAGUGGUUCUCCAUGCUCGCCUCCCUCACCGCCGGCCACCACCGCGCCUGGGACGCCGGCUGCGGCACCGGCCAGGCCUCCGUCAGCAUCGCGGAGCACUACGACGGCGUGGUCGCGACGGACGUGAGCGAGGGCCAGCUCCGCCACGCCAUCGCGCACCCCAAGGUGCGGUACCUGCACACGCCGGAGGACCUCCCGGAGGACGACCUCGUCGCCCUGGUCGGCGGCGAGGGCUCCCUGGACCUGGUCAUCGUGGCGACCGCGAUCCACUGGUUCGACGUCCCGCUCUUCUACGCCGUGGUGAACCGCGUCCUCAGGAGGCCAGGCGGCGUCCUCGCCGUGUGGGGGUACAACUACGACAUCCACCCGUUCGGGGACAAGCUGCAGGGGACGCUGUACCCGGCCAUGCGGCCGUACAUGGACCCGAGGACGAGGCUGGCCAUGGAGCGGUACCGCCAGCUGCCGUUCCCGUUCGAGCCCGUCGGGGUGGGCCGCGAGGGCGAGCCGGCCGACGUCGACAUGGAGGCGGAGAUGACGCUGGAGGACCUGGCCGGGUUCGUGAUGACCGGCUCCGUCGCGACCACGGCUAGGGAGAAAGGGGUGGACCUGGAGGCGCUGGUGAAGGGUGUGAUGAAGGAGGUGGAAGAGGGGUGGGGGGAUCGGCCGACGGUGCCCAGGAAGCUUGUGUUCAAGGCCUUCAUGCUGGCUGGGAGGCCCAGGUGAUAGAUGAACUGCUGGCUGGUGAAUUGGGAUCAGUACCGUAGAGUAAAAUACUGAAAUGUGAAGUUUGCGACUUAUUACUGCCUUCUUUUCAAAAUACUUUAAAGUUCUAGAUUUAUACUAAGUCAAGUAUCUUCAAGUUUCA